AAACCUCCUCGAACUGUUCCAGAAAGCACGUGGAGGACAGACACUGGGUUAAUGUUAUCGUAAACUUGUGGAACAAGAAAUGAGUGCUGGUGGAAAAUGCAUCGCUAAAAUGACUGUGUUUUUUAACGAAACAAUACCAUCGGAAGUUGUCACAUGUUUUUGUACACGCGCAUUACUAAGUGAUAGAGACCUUUCGAAGUAUGUAAAAGAAGAAAAGAGAAUUUUAAAAGAAGAACAAAUAGCUGUCCAGGUUGAGACAAUGCAUCUUGAUGACAUCGAUGAAUCUGAUGAGACUCUGUUCCAAGAGCUAGAAUUAAUGAAGAAGAUGGGUUUGCCAACAUCUUUCUGUGGCAUGAGUUCUGAGAAAGAGUCUGUAUCAUGUAGGGAGACUAAGAGACAAAAGGGCUUAAGUGAAAGUAAAGAAAAUGAUGCUUUACCAAGGGAAAAACAAAUUACAAAGUUCAACAAAACAGACAGCAAGAGAAAGUGUGAGGCAAAUAAGCAAAUGAUAAAUACUGCACUUCCUUCAGCAAAUUUUGAAAUUGAUGAGGGUUGCUCAGGUCUGUGUAUACCAGAGCAGGAAACAGUAACUCCCCAUUGUUGCUCAGAUCUCCAUGAUGAAAGUCCAAUUCAAAGAAAGAAGAAUUUGUUUGAAGACAUGGACAAUACCAAGUUCAGUGGAGGGAAAUUUUUGCAGGAGAACUCAAGUGUUACUAUGCCACCAUCAGAUGAAAUGUCGGAACACCAAGUCGAUAGAGAAUGUACCUGUUCACAUGAUUUUUCUGUGAAGUUCUUUUCUCAGGACUGCAUAGAGAAUCAAGAUAGUGCUCCUACUGAAAAUAUACCUGAAAGUCAAGUGGAAGAACAAAAUGAUUUACAGCUGGUGGAACAAUUAGAUAUCAGCAAAAGCAGUGAUUCUGAACAAGAAGAUGAGAGAAUGCAAACAACAGAGGGAACUUUUAUGCUGGAAACCCCUUGUGUUUUGAAUUCUGAAGAGAGUGGUACAGCUGAGCAAAGCCAAUUAGUGUACCAACAGGAACAGGAUUCAAGUGCAAAAGCUACAGAUUCUCAGAAUAUUACAAUCCCUGUUCCUAUAACAAGUGUCCCAGAAGGAAGAAAAAGUCUUUUAGUAGUUGAACAAUCUAAUGGCAAAUUUGAAACUCAUACUCUUGACGACACAGAAGAAAAGAAAACUCUCUCUUAUUCUUAUAAUUAUAAUACCACAGAACAGAACAUCAGUUAUGACAGUGGCUGGGAACAGUAUUGGAAAAUAUAUGGUUACUCUUUGGUAUGGGAAAGCUGGAAAACAAUUUAUCCUCAAAUUGUUAGUGCUCAAAGUAAUAACUGUUUAACAGAUGAUGAAGAAACAAGCUCUUCCAGUGAGGUCCAAAGUGAUACCCAAGCAAACACCUCACUGAAUGGAGAAAAAAAAGAAACAGAAGUAAACUCACUCUGGGAACAAAAUUACCAGGAUGUACAUCAUUAUUACUAUGAACAGUACCACUAUUGGGCAAGUAAGGGUUACAGUUUUGAUGGUCAUUUAGAUCACUUCACAAGUGAUCCAGAUGAGUCUGUUACUACUUUUGAUGAAGACCAAGGCUGUGAUUCAGGAUUAGGAAAAGAGGUGGGUCACAGUUUCCAUAGUCAUUUAGAACACUCUGCAGGUGAUCCAGAUGAGUCUGUUGCUUUCUUUGAUGAACACCAGGGCACUGUUUCACAUGGAUCUGGAAAAAAGCCAAGGAGGAAGAAGAAAGGCAGAUGUGGUGGGGCUAGCCACUCAGCAGCAAAGUCAACAGCACAUGCAGGCAGCAGGCUGCAACCAUGGCAAGUUUCCAGGGGAAAGAUUGAAUCAUGUGAUGGAAAUGAACCACCACCUGAAGAGAAAUGCAAAAAAUUGAAAAGGGCCCAUGAGUUGGAUGUGGAAGAAGAAAAUACCUUAAGUCUUGAGAGAGCAUAUGAAAUGAUGGGAUUCAAGGUAUCUCGCAAAUUACCUCUUAACACUUCCUGCUCUUCAACCUUAUCAAGUGUCCCUAGUGGAAGUGCCAAACUGAUAUUACCCGUAGAAGACCUUCAGACCAAGAACAAUUUUCUAAACUUGCACCAGGUGUCGAAAGUUCCCAAACCGAAAGGAAUACAUCUUAGAUUUGAAGAUGAAGAUGAAGAUGAUGAAGAUGAUGAAAUACAUUGUUUCACUCGAGAGGGUGAGAAGCCUUCACUACUUCAUGCUCAGGAGAAAUCACAAGAAGAAUCAGAAGAUCAGAGGGGUUUUAAACAUGACCAAGACACAGACACAGGCUGCUGCGUGGAUUUAAGCGGUCAAAUUGAUUCAAGUCCGGAUUCUAGUGGUAAAGAUAACACAAAUGCAGAUUUAAGCGGGAAUAGUGAUUCAAAUGUUAAUCUAAGCGGUAAAACCGAUUUAAAACCAGAGUUAUGUGAUUCACAUAUCGAUUCUGGCGGAAAAUCUGAUUCAAACUCGGAUGUUGGAAACAAUAUGAUGGAUCGUCAAGUUGACGCUGUAGACAACCAUAAUAAUGCUUGUCUUCGUUCAAAUGAUCACCGCAAAGUUUUCUUGAACCAGGACACUACUGAUGAUGUUAAUGUGAUAACAGAUCCUCGGCAAGAUCCAGAAAUUGCCAAGUACUGGGCGCAGAGGUACCGCUUAUUUUCGCGAUUUGACAAAGGUAUCAAAAUGGACAAAGAGGGUUGGUUUUCUGUGACUCCCGAGCGCAUAGCUAAGCAUAUCGCAGAACGGUGUCGUUGUGACCUUAUCGUGGAUGCAUUCUGCGGAGUGGGCGGAAAUGCAAUUCAAUUUGCCUUCACCUGCGAACGCGUCAUAGCAAUUGACAUCGACCCUGUAAAGGUCGCCCUCGCUCAUCACAACGCCACAGUGUAUGGAGUGGCAGAUCGGAUUGAGUUUAUUUGCGGUGAUUACACGAGGCUGAUACCGCGCUUGAACGCUGACGUGGUGUUUCUGAGCCCGCCAUGGGGCGGACCUAACUAUACCAGCGCAGAAGUGUUUGACAUUCGAACUAUGAUAACAUUGGAUGGCUUUAGACUUUUUGAAGCAACCAAAUCGAUCACGCAGAACAUUGCUUAUUUCAUGCCUCGUAACGCCGACAUCGAACAACUGUUAUCCCUUGCUGCUCCAAGUGGUAAGGUGGAAAUUGAGCAGAAUUUUCUAAACAAGAAAUUAAAGACAAUUACUGCAUAUUAUGGAGAACUGGUGGAAGAAGUAUUUUAAAAAUUUAGGGAACGAAAACUUGCAGAGAACUUGCAAAUCAGUUUCUGCCUAGUGAAACGAAUAAGUCCCGCGUCCGUGUUCAGUGUAUAAAACGCCAAUAGUUUGGGCGAAAUUAGCUGUCGAUUUAUUGUUUUAAUUUAUAGAAUAAUUUUCAAAUGUAUGUCGAAAGUAAUCCCAGCCUUUUUAGGUUAUGCUUCACUUCGCUCUGUGAUUUCUCCAGAAAACUUGCGUUAUUCUCUCAACCAAUCAGAUGCAAAACCAAAACCAAUCGCACCUUUGUCACUCGGGUUUUCGCGCGCUUUACUCAGGUUAUUCGUUUUUACUCUGCCUUCUCACUGGCUCCUUGCGAUAUUUUUCCUUCAUUUUUUAUUUGUUUUACGAUACUCAAUCGAAAAGCGCUCUAUCGAUCGGUUGUGUUCACAGUAGUACUUUUCCUACUGUGCACCUAGACUCACUAACGAUAUUUAGAUGGUCCACUGACUCGAAAACUUCCAGAUGUAAUAAUAAUUAAUAAAUAAUUCUCCUUUA